AUGAGCUUGGAAAUAAAAAACAAUCACAAAACAGCAUUUUAGUAAAUAUUCAACUUAGUAGCAAAAGAUAAUAAAAUAGAUAAGAAAGGAUUAGAAGAACUUUUCCACACAAUAGAUUAUUAAGUUACAGAAGAAUAAUUUAAUGAAAUGGUUGCAAAAAUUUUUAAUAAAAAAGAGCAAAUCGGCUUUGAAGAGUUCUUGAAAAUAUUCAAUUUAAAAUUAACUGAUUAUACAUUUAACGAUGUUAGCAAUGCCUUUAAGCUUCUUGCAAAAGAUGAUGAUAAAUACAUAAGUCUUGAAAAGUUUUUAAUUUCUUCACUUUAAUCUCAUUAGGUUCUCCAUAUUGAUUUGAUUUACAAUUAAAUUGGUCCAAUCAAUGCAUCAGAAUUAGGCUCAGCAUUAGCAAAUUGCACUAAUCUCUCAAAUUUGACACUUAAUCUUCGCGGCCAUAAAAUUGGUGCAAAUAGUGCGUCAGGCUUAAUUUCUUCUUUAAGACAUUGCAUUUAUCUCUCAAAUUUGACACUUAAUUUUUUUGGAAAUUAAAUUUACGCAAUUGGUGCAUCAGAUUUAGGUCAUGCUUUAGCAAAUUGCACUAGCCUCUCAAAUUUGACACUUGAUCUUGGUCACAAUAGAAUUGGUGCAAUAGGUGCAUCAGACUUAGGUUCUGGCUUAGCAAAUUGCAUUAAUAUCUCAAAUUUGACACUUAAUCUUUAUAACAAUAAAAUUCGUGAUUAAGGUACAUCAGAAUUAGGUUUUGGUUUAGCAAAUUGCACUAAUCUCUCAAAUUUGACACUUUAUCUUUGUUGCAAUAAAAUUGGUGAUUAAGGUACGUCAGGCUUAGGUUCUGGCUUAGCAAACUGCACUAAUCUCUAAAAUUUGACACUUAAUCUUAAGAACAAUUAAAUUGGUGAUUAAGGUAUAUCUAUUUUAGGCUCUGCUUUAGCAAAUUGCACUAAUCUCACAAAUUUGACACUUUAUCUUGGUAAUAAUAAAAUUGGUGAUUAAGGUACAUCAGACUUAGGUUAUGCUUUAGCAAAUUGCACUAAUCUCUCAAAUUUAGCACUCGGUCUUUAUAGAAAUUAAAUUGGUGCAACAGGUGUAUCAGGCUUAGGUCUUGCUUUAGCAAAUUGCACUAAUCUCUCGAAUUUGAAACUUGAUGUUGCUCGCAAUUAAAUUGGUGCAUCAGGCUUAGGUACUGCUUUAGCAAACUACAUUAAUCUCUCAAAUUUGAAACUUUAUCUUUGUUACAAUUAAAUUGGUCCAAUCAGUGCAUCAGAAUUAGGUUCUGCUUUAGCAAAUUGCACUAAUCUCUCAAAUUUGAAACUAAAUCUUCGUGAAAACUAAAUCAAUGGAUCAUAAAAAUUAAAAGUAAAAAGUAAGUGUCAUAAAUCAAAAAGGUUAGUUGUUUUUAAAAUAUAUUUUUGGUGAUGAUAGACAGACAGACAAGUGGUGAAAGGGGAUGAAUAAAUAUUAAAUAUUUGAAUAAUAGAGAAUAAUAUGUUUUAUUAUAUAAUAUUUUGUAAUAAGAUAAUUUAACCUAAAAUAUCGAUAGAUAGAUUUA